CCGGCGUUUAAAGGGAACCCCGAGGUCUGCGCUGUGUUCUUUGGGAUCCUCAACCCCCAUUUAAGCGGCUCCAGCGGGUGGCAGGGCGGUCCGGACCGGACGCUGGCAAGGAAAGCAAGACCCAUGGACGACCAAGCAAGCAGAAUGAACAUCUUACCUGCCAGCCCCAUCGCUCUGGAGUAUCUGGAUGACUUCGACCUGCUGAAGUUCGAAGUGAAACAGGAGGUGCCUCGGCCGGGGAGCAGCUCCUCCGUCACUUCCACCCCAUGCAGCUCCGUACCCCCGUCGCCCACCUUCGACAAAGUGGCCGACCCCAAAUCCUCCUUGGAAGAGCUGUAUUGGAUGGCCACGCUGCACCAAUCUUUGGCGGCGGCCGCUGGCACCGGUCCGGAGACGCAGAUGGUGCCAGGGCUGGAUGAAGCCGUGGAAGCCUUUUUGGGGGUGCCCAUGGCGGAAGGGGGUCUUCGAAACAGCGUGACUCCCCAGCUGCAGGGCUUCCUGGGGUCAGCGGAGAACUUCGGCGCAGAGCAACAACAGCUUCCUCAUUUCCAGCUCCCCCGGUUGUCCGACCGCUUCUCUGACGCCCAGCUCGUCUCCAUGUCGGUGCGGGACCUCAACCGGCAACUCCGCGGCUUCGGCAAGGACGAGGUGCAGCGGCUGAAGCAGAAACGACGCACCCUCAAGAACCGCGGCUACGCCCAGUCCUGUCGCUUCAAACGGGUCCAGCAGCGGCACAUCCUGGAGGCCGAAAAAUCCCAGCUGGCCCAACAGCUCGAAUCCCUGCGGGUGGAGGUGGCCCGCUUGGUCCACGAACGAGACAUCUACAAAGCCCGGUGUCAGAAGCUGCUGAACGAGGCGGCCGGGGGGCACUGCGGGGAGGGGGCCAAGCCCCCCGUCGCUCAGGCGCCUUCCAUGGUGCAGUUUUUUCUAUGAGCCCGCUCUGGACUUCCAUUUCCAUCAAACUUUGGGAGCUGCGCGGGAAAUAAACUUGCCGAGAAGUUGCUUCUCCUCUUUAAUCCACCAGAGGGGGACGCUGAGCCCCGUUCCCUCCCAGGUAGUUCCUUUUCCCCACCACCAGAUGGCGCGAAAGAGUCUCUCGCCCAUCUAGGCAGCUCUACGUGCAGACAUAGUUUUGGGGAUUGCAAACGGGGCGAGGCUGUUCCUCUCGAAGGCUCCUGGGAAUUGUAGUUUUGCUAGGGUGUUGCCCGGUGGUCCACCUGAGGAACUACAGCCUCCAGGGUUCCCUGCGGCCCGAUUCCUCAGUCUAGUGAUGUCUACGAUGCAAAUAAGGCUGGUCCUCUGGGGCGUGUUGAGAAAUGCACUUGGUGAUCAUUCAGCUUCCAACGGAAGAGAAAUAAAUAAAAGCCGAAACGGUGCUCUUCCCCGGAGCCAAAACUGGGCCAAAGAGCGAAAAAGGCAGAUUUAGAAAAUGUAGUUUCCAAUGAAAACAGGGACCCUCAAAUUUUCUGAGCAACUUGGAGGCCAUAUUGGAGCCUGGAAGUUGCCAUAGAGGGAGGGACUUUCCCUUUCUCAAAAUGGCUGCCACAUUGGUGAAGCCAGGCACAAAAAUGAUUUGUGGGUCCAGGCGCCCAAAAAACGGCAUUGGUCUGUCAACAACACGUGUUACAUUUUCCCGUUUGGGUGUGAGAGUUGUGUGUGGGGGAAAAAAUAAAUAAAUCUUUGAAGCCGCUCCAGCCAGAUUUGAAGAGGGCAACUCCCAGAAUCCCUAGCUAGGAUCCCAGAAUUCCUAGCGAGGAGCUAAGAAUUCUGGGAGUUGUGGUCUUCGCCUGGAGGAACGGCUGAACUGACAGCGAUGCUGGGAUUGGACGGUGUUAUCCUGGGCCUCUGUGGGGGGAUUUUGGCCAGUGUUGCGGGGAAAAACAAAAAGCGUGUGAAAAAGUGCAGCUUUGCGAUGUUUGUGUUGCAAAAGGAGACAACGACGGUCACCCUUUAGAACCUGUCCAAUAAAAAACGGAGUACUUUUACAAA